AUGCAAUCCGUAGACAGCAAAGUGCUCAGUCACGUGCAGGCUGCCCUGCAGGCUGCCGAUGCACAGCUUCGAGAUAUUAAUCACAAAAUAUGGUCUAACCCCGAGCUUGCGUACAACGAAUACAGUGCCCACAACAACAUCUGUGCGCUGUUCGAGAGCCUGUCCGCAGCGCGGUCGCUGGACUUGCAAAUUCGCCGCAAGACAUACAAUCUGGACACUUCUUUCGAGAUCGACUAUAAACAUGGGGACGGUGGUCGCGUGGUCGUUUUCAACGCCGAAUACGACGCAUUGCCAGGCAUUGGUCACGCCUGUGGCCACAACCUGAUUGCUACAGGUUCAAUCGCGGCCUUCAUUGCAACAAUAGAGGCAAUGAAAGCAUUUAGCGCCACGUCCAGUGGCCAGGGCUAUACCGUGCGGCUUCUCGGUACUCCCGCAGAGGAAGGCGGCGGAGGUAAACUGAAGCUGAUCGAUGCCGGCGCCUAUAAGGGUGUCGACGCAUGUCUCAUGGUGCAUCCAGUCACACUCGGACACAACGACGCAUCAGUCCCAGGGGUUCAGAUUGCGGGUCCUGACUCACUGCUUGCCAACAACAAAAUCAAGGUGAAAUAUACCGGCUCAACCGCUCAUGCCGCCGGAGCUCCUUGGGAGGGCAUUAAUGCUCUAGACGCUGUAGUGUCCGCUUAUGUCAACAUCUCGCUCCUGCGCCAACAGAUUCUGCCUACGCAAAGAAUACAUGGCAUCGUCUCAAAUGGAGGCGAGAGACCAAAUGUCAUUCCGAAUUCUACUACACUACAAUAUUAUAUACGAUCACCAGAUACUAAGUCUCUAAACGCGUUGACCGAUCGCGUAUUUAAAUGUUUUGAGGCAGCUGCGACAGCCACUGGGUGCACAGUUGAAUUUGAAUGGAUCAACAAUUACAUGGAACUAAAAAAUAAUAAGCCUAUCUGCGAGGCUUAUAUAGAAACGCUAAAGGCAAUAGGUCAUGAUUGCGUUCUCACGAGUAGUGACACCAAAGGAUCACUAGACGGCGCAUCGACGGAUAUGGGAAAUGUCAUGCAUGAAGUUCCGGGAUUUCAUGCGCUUUUCCAAAUUCCAACGGAGGACGGAGCUGGUAAUCAUACUCACGGAUUCACAUCAGGAGCUGGAUCACCCGAGGGCUACAAAAGAAGCAUUGUCUGUGCAACUGGCAUGGCAGUAGUAGCCUGUCGAAUCCUGACUGAUGAGGAGUUUGCCAGUAGUAGUAGACUCGAAAAAAAGAUAGAUAAUCUCUACUUGAUUUUUUUGCGUAAAUUUUUCUGGGCGACCGUACAUACGUUGCUUGACAUCGAGAAUUCCUUUGCAAAGGGGCAACCUAGACGUCCUCGAAAAUGGAAUGCGCAAAUCCUUCAAUCACGCUGCAACUUGCCAAAACCAUACAACCCAUAUUCGUUUCUUGAAUUUUCUCCAGAGGUUUGUGCUUUUCAAUACUGGAAGGAAAAUCUGGCAUCGUGGCCAGAUUACCUAUUUGAUAUUGGGCAAGAAUACGGGGCCAGUGCUUGCCAGCAUUGGCACUGUGAAGACGAGUCAGGGUCAAGUCUGCGCCUUGUCGUUUCUGCAUUUUCACUUGCUGUGUUUGGUCGAGCAAAACGCUCGGGUGAAGCCCUUCAGCGCGCGGAGAUCCUCUACGCCCGAAGCAUCACUCAACUAAGGAGAGAGCUCCAGAUAUUAUCAAACGAUACGAUCGAUCAACUACUCAUCGCUACCAUGAUGCUAGCUACAUAUGAUAACAUGAUGUUCGCAAGUAGAUUGCAAAAGAGCGAGAAUUUGCCCAUCUCCACUGAGCGCAACAGAAGGAUUCUUUGUGGAAUGCAUACACACCACCAAAAAGGUACUGCAAGCCUUCUUCAGGUGCGACAGCAGAGGGGAUUUACACAAAAUGUGCCCCUCGAUAGGGCACUUCGAAGACCUUUGGAUGAUGCUCUUCACGCCGGUAAAGAUCGGGUACUUGCACUCGACUACCUCAUGAUAGAAGCUGCCUCUUUGCGGUCCAAGUCAAUUCAGCUCGUCGGCGGUAUGAACGCAGGCACGUUUCCUAGCGCUGAUACUCUCAAGAUGGUCAUAGCCGAGGCGCAAUUGCUGGACUAUUCAUUUGCAGAAUGGACUCGAGACAUCCCCCAGGAGUGGAGCUUUUUGACGCGGAAAAGUCUCUACCACGGCGAUGAGCUGCACUGUAAUAAAAGAAGUUCCCUUCUAUAUGAUAAGUUGUGCCACUCUUACACGACUCAUGGUCAUGCAGCUGUCUGGAACAGAUAUCGCGCUGUUCACCUCCUCGUCAAUAGCAUUCGGAUGUAG